GAAAUGCAGUUAUAGGUAGGUUGGCUAGGCUACAGUAGAGUUGAAUAGUUAUUUGGGUUGUCAGGUGUCAGCAGCAAACUCGAUUUUAUACGUGGAGGGUAUGGAUAAUUAUGGUUGGAAUUUGCUUGCGACUUUUUGACCGUAAUGAGUAUUCAUUCGUGUUUAACAAAUAUAUACUUUUAAUGGCAGUUAACGUUCGUGGCCCCUAGACGAGACAACAUGCCCAAAUUGUCUCUGUAAAGCAAAUUUAGCCUACUAAAAUGGUGUUUCAGAGAAAAAACUACAACAGGACACAAGUAUCCUGAAUGGCCAGUCAUAUAGCCUAUAUAUUUUAAGGUACACAAGUGAUCAGUAAACUUUUUGAACAAGUUUAUGGUACAUCCUUAUUUCACACGGAAGACAUCAAAACUCUGACCAGUGCUACGCUAUUUCUGCACCCUUUCCCCUGAAAUCCUCUUUCAACAGACUUCCAAGAGCGUUGGAUGGAAAUACAUAGAGUGGGCUAGGCUACCUACAGUCGGACUAGCACGAGUUUGACACAACACCUGAACUACUGCGUGCUUCAAAAACACAGCUGAUUUUUGAGUUUAUCGAAACCUCUGUAUGCAACGCUGUCCACCAAUUAUCUUCAAAAUGAAUACGAUACUUCUGAGUAACUUUGCGAAGUUUCUGUUAUGCUGGAAUGCAGUUUACCUACACGUUUACGCACAGGUUCAUCCAGAGGUCGGCCUCACAGCACUGGAGCAGAUGUACCUACUGUAUGAUGUCAAAGUUGAGUGUCAUCAGAACAUCUCUACACACAACCCUGCAGAUGAUCUUUGUCCCCCUGGCUGGGAUGGUCUGAUCUGUUGGCCCCAGGGAUCCCCCGGAGCGCUAACCAAGGUCCCCUGCCCCAGCUACAUCUACGACUUCUACCAUCAAGGUCAUGCAUACAGGAAGUGUGACGUCAACAGUUCCUGGGUUUUUGUGGAGGGGUUGAACCGAACGUGGUCCAAUUAUUCUGACUGCUUGAGAUUCCUUUUACCUGGUCAAGAGGAGGAAAAGCAGGACUUCUUUGACCGGCUGUACGUCAUGUACACCAUUGGAUAUGCACUGUCCUUCAUCUCUCUUCUAGGGGCCUUUGUCAUCAUAGGCUACUUCAGACGCCUCCACUGCACUAGGAACUACAUCCACAUGCACAUGUUCAUGUCCUUUAUGCUGCGUGCCGUCAGCAUCUUUGUCAAAGACAAGGUGGUCCACACCAACGGAGGUCUGCAGGAAUUUGACACAGCGCUAAUGGACAACUACAAGACCAUCUCUGCUAAGCCUCUUGACAAAUCCCAGUUUGUUGGAUGCAAGAUCACUGUGUUGCUCUUCAUUUACUUCCUGGCAACCAAUUACUACUGGAUCCUCGUAGAAGGGCUGUACCUCCACAGCCUCAUUUUCAUGGCCUUCUACUCGGACACCAAAUACCUGUGGGGCUUUACCCUGAUUGGAUGGGGUGUCCCUGCUCUCUUCGUCGCCGCCUGGGCUGCUGUCCGGGCAACGCUGGCAGACGCACGAUGCUGGGAGUUAAGUGCGGGUAACAUUAAAUGGAUCUAUCAAGUUCCCAUCCUUACAGCCAUUGGUCUCAACUUUAUUUUGUUUGUGAAUAUUGUGCGAGUGCUGGUCACAAAAAUCAGAGAGACGAAUGCUGGGAGAUAUGACACUCGGAAGCAAUGCAGGAAACUGGCUAAGUCCACUCUAGUGCUGGUGCUAGUGUUCGGGGUCCACUACAUAGUGUUUGUGGGCAUGCCACACUCGAUCAACGGGGUCGGAUGGGAGGUCCGAAUGUACUGUGAGCUCUUUUUCAACUCUUUCCAG